GGGCCUGAGGAGGGCGGCGGCGACGGCGGCGCGGGGGGGUCGCGGCUGCAUCCGCUGGUCCCACGGCCGAGAGAGGCGCCUGCGGGCCCUCCCUCUUCUCCUCCUCCUCCGCUCCCUCCUCCUCCCUCUGCUCCUCCCGCCGCGCCGGGAGCUGCCGCCGCCUCCCCAGCGCCGGGCGCGCCGCGGUCGGGGUCGCAGUCGGCGGCCGCCGGGUUUUCCUCGUUUGUUUGGGCCUUUUGUGUCGCGGCUCACAGUUGGCUAAGCACGGCCGGGCUGAAUCGGGCCAUUGUUCGGGACCCCCGAGCUCCCACGCCGCACAUCUCUCGUCCCCAGCCCCCCUUCAGCCUUCCCCCUCUCCCCCCCCUUUUUUUGCCUGAGAAGCCACAUAACGUGCCUUUCCUCCACGCAAAUCUGGGAGCUGUAAGCCGGACCGAUUGCAAAUGAAGUGUAAUGCAUUGUGGGACGUGUGUAAAAUUGGAUCAUUCGAGGGGGAAAAAAAAAAAAAAGGAAGGGACCUGCGGCUGGCGCCCUAGAAGAGGGAGCGGCGAGAUGCGCGCAGGUUGCGCCCCGGCGGUGGCCGCGCUAGGCUGAUGCCCGGCGGCGCGCACCCCUGACCCAUGCUGCGGCGGGAGGAACACGCUCGGGCAUCCUCAGCAUGAAGAAGACGCGGAGUACGACCUUGCGGCGGGCCUGGCCUAGCUCCGACUUCUCCGACCGGGCCUCAGACCGCAUGAGGUCCCGCAGCGAGAAGGACUACCGACUGCACAAGCACUUCCCCCCAGCUUUUAUUUCCCAGGCAUCACGGGGCUACAUGACAUCAGCUAAUAGCUGGUUAAUGAAUAGCCCUGACUGUUGGAAGGUUACAAGAAUGAUGCAUCCAAUACAAGAGAGGCAUGGGGACAUUUCCAGUGGUGAUGUAUCACCCAUCAGCAUGUCUCCCAUCACUCAGUCACAGUUUAUUCCACUUGGGGAAAUCCUUUGCCUGGCCAUCUCAGCAAUGAACUCUGCCCGAAAACAAGUCACACAAGAAGCACUAAUGGAGCACCUAACCACCUGCUUCCCAGGAGUUCCAACACCCAGUCCAGAAAUCCUUCGACAUACUUUGAAUAUGCUUGUACGGGAGAGGAAAAUAUACCCAACUCCGGAUGGUUAUUUCAUUGUAACCCCGCAGACUUACUUUAUAACACCAUCUCUCAUAAGAACUAACAGUAAAUGGUACCAUUUGGAUGAGAGGAUACCUGACAGGUCUCAAUGUACCUCUCCCCAACAAGGAACUAUAACUCCCUCCACCUCGGGAUGCGUCAGGGACCGAACGCUACCCAAAAACCACUGCGACUCCUGCCAUUGUUGCAGAGAAGACAUGCACAGCAUGCAUGCAUCUACCUUACAGAGGAAAUCAGCAAAAGACUGUAAAGACUCGUACUGUCCUCCCUCAUUAUGUCAGGUCCCACCUACUGAGAAAAGUAAAAGUACUGUCAAUUUUUCAUAUAAAGCAGAGACGCUCACAAAGCCUAAGGAUGUAGAAAAGCAGUCUAAGAAAUUUGGACUCAAAUUAUUCCGAUUAAGUUUUAAGAAGGACAAGACAAAACAGUUGGCAAAUUUCUCUGCCCAGUUUCCUCCAGAGGAGUGGCCACUAAGGGACGAGGACACCCCUACCACUAUACCUAGAGAGGUAGAAAUGGAGAUUAUCAGGCGCAUUAACCCAGACUUGACUGUGGAAAAUGUCAUGAGACACACUGCACUAAUGAAGAAACUUGAAGAAGAAAAAGCUCAACGAAGCAAAGCAGGAUCUUCAGCUCACCACAGCGGACGAAGUAAAAAGAGCAGGAAUCACAGAAAGUCUCAUGGGAAAUCGAGGUCGCACAGCAAGACCCGGGUAUCCAAAGGAGACCCAUCAGAUGGCUCUCAUUUGGAUAUACCUGCUGAAAGGGAGUAUGAGUUCUAUGAUCCCUUGACUAGAUCCCCACGGGAAGGCUGUUUUAUAAUAGAACACAAGGGAGAUAAUUAUAUAAUGCACAGCAAUCCUAACAUGAUUGAAUCUCACUUUCCCAUGACACCAGAGUGGGAUGUGUCUGGUGAGCUGGCCAAAAGAAGAACUGAAAUGCCUUUCCCUGAACCUUCCAGGGGAAGCUCUCACUCCAAGGUCCAUCGGAGCCACAGCCAUACACAGGAUAGAAGAUCGAGGAAUGAGCGGUCCAGUAAGGCUAAAGAAAGGUCUAGAUCCAUGGAUAACUCCAAGGGACCUCUGGGCUCAGCAACUUUAGGAACACCUGAAGAUCUAGGUGAAGGCUGUAGCCCAGAUGACCAAACAACUAGCCAAACUUACAUUGACGAUAGUACCUUAAGGCCGUCUCAGUCGCUCAGUCAUCAAAGGGCUCUGAUUUCAUCUGCAAGCUACAAAGAGACUUGCAUCCCUGAAAAAGCUAGUGGCGGUGUAGAAACCCCCAGUUCUUGUAGCUUAUUGGAACAAAGCAAGCUUACAGAGAAUUUACCAUCAUAUAGUGAGCUCAACUCCUGCACAACAAAAUCUGCAGUCGAUGACUAUUUUCAGUGCAACACAUCCAGUGAGACUGUGCUGACUGCUCCAUCACCACUGGGAAAGAAUAAAGAGGAUCAUGAUACGCUCACAGGGACAGAUGGGCUCAAAAAAAUGACUCCCACAGAAAGACAGGCUCAACAUAUUGCAAGGGAGCCUGGGGUGCACAAGGAGGAGUCCCCAAAGGGCCCAAGCAGUGGUUCAGCGGUUGCCGGACAAACUCCAGAGGUGAUUGCAAAUGGGCGGCUGGUUCAACACCAUAGUGCUGAAUCAAGUAGCCUUGAUAAAAGGAAAGAAAUAUUUAGCAAGGAUACACUCUUUAAACCUCUGCACAACACUCUUUCUGUGAAUAGUUAUCAUAAGUCUAACACACCUCUGCUAAAGCCCCAUCAAAAGACCCCCUCUGACACAUUGCCAGUCAGAUGUGAGAAACUUGAACAAGCGAUAGUAACCUCAGUCACACAAGUCAUGCCCGUUUCUCAGAGACAGCAAGAGACAGCCGGGAACCAGGAGGCCUCCUUUGACUACUACAACGUAUCUGAUGAUGAUGACUCAGAGGAAGGAACCAACAAAAAUGCUGAGGAAGAAAAGAACAGGGAUGAUGUUGGUACAAUGCAGUGGCUCCUAGAGAGAGAAAAGGAGAGAGAUCUGCAGCGGAAGUUUGAGAAGAAUCUUACUCUUCUCACCCCGAAGGAAACAGAAAAUAGCAACAACCAGAGAGCCACCCACUCAGCCCGCCUGGACAGCAUGGACAGCAGCAGCAUUACUGUGGACAGCGGGUUCAACUCUCCACGUACUCGUGAGAGCCUGGCAUCCAACACUUCAAGUAUUGUUGAAAGCAACAGACGUCAGAACCCCGCUCUGAGCCCUGCACAUGGAGGUGCAGGCCCAACGUUCAACUUCCGAGCCACUGCAGACCCACCCACAAGUGAAGCUGAGAAACUGCAGAAACCUGCUAACUGCCUGCAAGCUUCUGUCACUAGUGUCUGAUAGUCAUCCUGCCUCAGAUCGUCUGUCUCGUCCUAUACAGCAAAGUUUACGACACUGGGACUGAUGUUUACAUCUUUGGGGAAAAAUAAAACAAACAUCUCAACCACAGUUUUAGUGUUUACUUAAACUGUGCUGCUAUGUAGACUAGGGGCAACAAAGAAAUCUUUAUUUCGAGGUAUUGCUUUUCACAUUUGCGGCUCCGUAGCAACAGAAUAGCAGUAGGGAUAAUAUGUACACUUUUUGCUUCACUUAAUUGUAACUGAGCACAUAUAUGAAAGUCUAGACACUGUAAGUGUAAUCUGCAUUUUCAAUGUCCAUGCAGUUGCCAAGUUCAUUUAAAAAAAUGCCACAGAUGUGUGAUGCCCCUGGUCAGAAGCUAAACUCUGCUGCAGAGUUGAUAGUUUUUUACUUCAAAAACUGAGCCACUGCUGAAAGUAACCAGCCAGGAUCACCAUGAGGAAAAACAAUGCCAAACAUGACAAGUGAUGACCUCAGCUCUGUCUGUGAAUUAUUAAUACUAAUCAGUCAUUUUCACUGUGCAUUUUUGUGACACAAUUUUACAAAUACCUGUUUAAGCGAGUAAAGGGAGGUUUGGGUUUUGUUUUGAUUUGCUUUUUGCUAAGUAUGGAGGGUGGGAUGGGAGGUGGCUGCUUCUUUCGUUUCAAAAGUAUGAGAGAUGUUUACUUAAUGAGACUUGCUACCUGACCUUCCAUAGUCAUCAGUGAGGAGGUGGGCCUUUGCGUAGGGGGGGGGAGUGGGGAGGGAAGGGAAAGAUAUAACUGUCAUGGAGCCACAGUGUGGAGUGACACAAAAUAUAUCAAGUGUCUUCAGAAUAAUUCACAUAUUUUCAAAAGAUAAUCUAAUCCUUGUGUCACUUCUGGUAUUGCAACUUGCCAUUAAUAUAAGAAUCAGGAUAACUAAUUUCUUGGAACAAAAAUAUCCUUUAUGAUAUAAAUGACAAGUAUGGCCUGAAGAAUUGAUUUCUUUCUAGUGGAAGGACAUAAAUCUAUUUUAUGUAGCUUAUUAAAUAGAGUGCCUAAAUUAGGCUAUUAAAAAUAGCAUACAGUGUAGUGAUUAUCAGAGAACAAAAUUUAGAGAAUUAUAAACUUCUGGCCUUUUUAUUCAGUGGAUGUUAUUUGCAAUUUAGCAUUUUAUGGACAUGUCUGGUUUCUAGAAAUUAAAUGUGUCCACUUGGUUUGCAGUAGAAAUCUAAGUCCUGUAGGCACAGUACAUCCUAAUUGCUCUCCCUAGACUGUUACUCCAACGUAAUUAGUACCAUUCUAAUUACUGCAGAGUAAAUUCUACAGAUAGUUAAACUCCAAGAGUAAUUUUUAGGUAUAGGGUCACAUUCUGCUCUGUUACUCAUGCAACCUGGUAGUGCAACGAACUGACUUUUUUAUCAGAACAGACAAACUGGUGAAAGAAUAACAAAGAUACUAAAAUGUGCAUCAGCCAAAAUUGUUUCAUAUAAAAGGGAUGUUUACCCUAUCUAGCUCUUGUAGAACACGAGUGUGAAACCCAACUGUACAUAUUAAAAUCCAGUAUUUUCAUCAGGUUCUGGUGACGUGUAUUACUCUGUAUACAAAGUCAUUUGAGCUUCACUUAUGUUCUCUAUUGUCAUCAGAAGUCUUUACUGAAGAUUCAGCCUUAUGUUACACCGUUGGAUAUAGUUCAUUUACUUAUAAAACAACUCUCUAACUCUGGACACAAUCAGUUUCCAGUUCUGUCAAGAACACCCAGUCAAUGCACAGGUCUGUUUUCAUUGAUUUCAGUGUAUAAUUUCCAUUUCAUAGGAGCAAUAAGACCUUUCAGUGCACAUAAAGGAAAUUAUUGUGCUUUUGGUUGGUUAUCAAAGUCACUUGGCCUUUAGCCUUCUGCCUUAUCAUACCUUCCAAGAUGUGCUCUAAUUACCAUAUAAUGCUUUGCAUGACGCAUCUUAUUAUUCAGUCUGUAACUCCAGCCGUACUUAUUCCAUGCAGACUGUAGAGUCAGAAUUUUUGUGGGGAAUUGUCAUAUACUAUGCAGUGGCUGACUGUGAUUUUGUUUCUGAGGUGAGCUCUGACAUCAGUAGUAUGUAUCAAAUCAGUAAAUAAAAAUGUCGAACCGACAAAAUUUACAGUGAUGAUCUGAAGUACUAACAGCAGUAUUAAAAUGUGAAGAGCAAAAAACAGAUUUCACCUUUGGAGAAAUAAUUGUUUGUCAUAAGCUAAUCAGAAUUUAUGCAGGCAGCUGGUUGUACAGAAGACAUCAUUCCAACAAAAUGCGAUAGUACAUACCUAUGAACUGUAUAGUAUGUUAUUUCCUAAAGUUCCCAGAGACCAGCAAACAACAUAAAUGUCAUAUUAAUGUUGACAUGGCAUUGUACCAAUAUUAAUGUGACUCUUGAAAUAUGGAAUGUAAACAGAAGUUUCAAAUAGAAACGUUCUAAUCUUGAUUUAUUUUUUUUUCCUUUUAAAAUCAACAAUGGAAUAUAAGGAAAUUCCAUCUUGAGGUUCUUGUAACAAAACCACGAGAGUGGAGCUUGAGUGCUUUAUGUCGCCCUAAUCCUUUGAUGAAAUCAUAGCCUUGUAUUAUGUGGUUGCUUAUCUAUCAUUCUUCUAAUGUAUCAAUUUAAAGGUUUACAGAGUUAGAUUAGGUUGAAUCUGUAUUGUGUUCAACUGUAAAGGGUCAACACAAAUCUGUCGGCAUUUUGCACACUUAAUAUGUAUUAUUAUAAUACAACAUGUUACUUUUGUGGUAAUUUUUUUUACACAUAUAACUACCUCCAUGAAUUUGAUGAGAUGCAGCAACAUGAAAAGUGUAUUGUACAGAGCAAGGUUAAAAACUUUGAAGCAUUAGGUCAUGGCGUUCUCUUGUGUGUCAAUGCUUGCAUAUGAAGUCAUCAUGUUUCCAUUGCCACGAUUUCCUUCUACAGUGUUAAAAAGAUGGCUUUCAGAUGAGUCACUUAAAGACUUUGACAAGGCUGCAUAAUUGGGAUAGAAGUGAAAGGGAGGCUGAAACCUUCCAUCCUCUCCCCAGUUACUGCUAAAUUUCUGCCUGGUAGAACUUGAAAAUGUAUUUGUAAUUUAGAAAAUUAGAAACAUCUACAGUCUGUGAAAUAUGAUUGACAGUUUGGGGUUUAACAGAAGACACUGUGGGUAUUUUCUUGGCAGCCUUCAGAUACUUUGGGCCCUACUCUGCCUCCAUCUUUGUCAACAUUAGUACGUUAUGGUUUCUCUGAACUGGCAAGGGUGUUAAAACAGCUCUUCCUUUAAUGAUAUGCACUCUAGUCUCUAGAUUGUGUGCAUCUAAAACAUUUGCUCCUAUAGAAAUUACCAAGAGCCUUUAAUUGACUUUGCUGGGAGCAGUAUGAGGGUCCCUACUCAAGGUAUGUGCCUGUUGUUCGAAGAACAUGGGCAAGUUUCCAAGAAGAAUUAAGCUGACUUGGAAAAGUAGCCAGCUGCAACAAGCCACCUUUCAAGAGGGAAGAAAGAAAGAUUUUUCCAAAAACCAAAGGAAGAAAGUGGCAGUUGAACCUAAGCAGAUCACAUUUAUAUACAAAUCCCGAUUUAUGAACACUUUUCAGCAAACCUAGUACCAUUAUCCCGGUGCAAAUUAAUAUACAAUCAUCAAUUGAGCUAAUUUUGCCAUUUUAAGUAUUUCAGUUAAAAAUUAGAAGAAGUCAUUAUCCAUUUGGCUCCAUGCACCACUGUAAAAUGACUGUUAUAUGCGAAACAACGUUCACUCAACUUUGAAAAGUAAAAAUGUAUUGGAAAACAAACAUUUUAAUGAAAACCGUGGCCUAAGUGUUUGCCAGCAGUAGUCAUUUUUAGAAAAGAGAACAAGCAAACCAGUAUCCAGAGGCCAUCAUAAACACAGAUAAUACUUUGCACUUAAAUCACACCUUUUUGCCUGAGGGCCUCGAAGCACUUGACAUGGUACCAGCUAACCCUUGUGAGCCUGUGAAGUAGGCAGAGUUCACUGACCCUGCAUUUUGUCCAGGCCCAUUGGAAAAAAGUUAAGGCUAAGAGUCUGCAGACUAAUUUAUUAACUGGUUGCUUUCUUAAAGUUACUGGAGUAAGUUUAAUAGUUAACCAAAGUGUUCCAUGUUUAUACUCCGAAAUCAUUCUUUUGAUGCAUUCACUUUGUUUAAGAGAGAAACUGCUUUACAGCCCUGCAGACACUCUUGGAUUAGCAGUGCCAAAACCAAGUUUUCAGUCAUACAAGUACUGCCAGUAGUGGUUUUAGAAACAGUUAUGUUAAUUAGAAAUCUGUUUUUCAAAUACAUUUUGCAGUGCUUUUCCCAACACAAUUGUUCAAAUUGUUGUGCUGAGAAAGCAAAUAGCACUCCUAAUCUGUCCUACCCACAGUUUACAAUUCUCUUUCCUCUUCUGAAGAAAACUGUACAGUAUUAGAGAGAAAAGUUCUAUUUUUUACAAAAUUCUUUUAAAAAAAAAAGGUAUAUAUCUAAAAUGUUCCCCCCAGCAUAAGUAAAGUGCAUCGUUCCUGCAUGAGAGGCAUGCAGUGGACCCACCAAAAGCCAAGCUGGUGCUAGAAGAAAACGGGACUAUCACACUUUAUAGCGGCGCUCUAAAUGUUAGUUUCAGAUAUGUGAGUGUAAAUCUGGCUUAACUCCCCUGAUCUCCCGCGGAUCUGAGAGAGAUGGGAAUGGGUCGUUAACUCCAUUGAAGCUCAGUUCUGAGCUGAGGGUUUCCGUGUUCCUCCCCCCGCCCCAAGACACUAAAUGCAGAGAAGGAGCAGAAGGCCACGCACACGCACCUGGCUCUGGAAAGGCAGCCUGGGCUGAAUCCCUGCUGAAACGCACAGCCACCCAGCCGGGAUGCCGUGACAGCCGCCACGUGUUCCCCACCUCGGAAGGGUGAUUUCCCAUGUGGUGCACUGCCCUCGAGUUGUAUAGCGGUUAGAGCCACCCGAAGGAUACCCACCCAGAAGUAUGAAAGGGCCCUUGGAGUAAUUGGCACAGAUGUUACUUUUAUAUGUGGAGGAGAUUUAAGUUUAAAGGGAUCAUAAUUCUGCAGGUAAUUUUCUGUGAGUGACUGAAUGUGGCUGUUGCAUUAGGUUUAAAUGAGUUAAUAAAUGCAAGUGGGACUUACUGUAUGUUAGAAGGGAGUUUUGCAGCCAAGACUGCCUUGUAUAAAUGUGUUUGCACUGAAAAAAAAAAUUUAAAAAAUUACUUGGUCUCUGGUUGCUGUAAAGGUCAUCCAAGAUGGAUGUUCUGUUUAUAUUGUAUAGUAUUUCAUAUGAAAUAAUUGCAGUUCAUGAAAUGUCUUCCCUAACGUUACUGAUUUAUAACAGCACAUUUGUAACAUGGUUUUUAUUGUGUCAGUGUACCAUAUUGUAAAUGAUGAUUACUUGUCAUGCUUAGUAUAAUAAUUUAAAGGAAAAAAAGGACAGGGAUUUUUGUAAGUCUAUAUUUGAAAGUCCCUCCAUAUGGUAAUAUUGUGUUCAUGUUGUUUAUGUAGUGUUGUGUGAAAUAUCCAUUUUGGAUUGUGUUACUUUUUAAGAUAUUAAAUAACAUUUGGUUAUAUGUUCUAA